AUGGCGGGUCAGCAAGAAGUCUGUCCCACCCUCCGGGUGCUGUAGGGGGGAGGGGUUGAGAGACAGAGACGGUAGAGCCAAGCCAAGUCCCAGAGCAGACGGUGGAGAUUCAGCCCAGCCAAAGAGAGACACAAUGGGAUAACCUUUUUGCAAUAAAAGCACUGAUAAAGCCUGUGUGACGAAGCACUGGUCUAAGUGUCUGAAAUCACUGCGUGAGUGUAUGAGCUCUUUGAGUGAGUGGGACAGUAUGAGAGGGGGACACAGCUUGAGUAACUAGGGCAGGAUCAUGUGCGUUCAGAGAGGGAACCUGAUCCCCUCUCUCCCAAAUUUAGCUGCCACUGACUGUCCAGCCUUGGGUAUCUGCCUCCCCACCCCCAUCCCACCAGGGUCUGCUUGAGAGACGAACAAGUGACCCGAAAACCUAUAAUUACACUUACCUGAGCCCCUGACCCAGUGACAUUUCUGUUGAACGGUUUUCAACUAUGUUUAAAUGUGAUUUGGUGCACUGUUCAGUGGUGGAGAGAAGUGGUUGGAGGACUGAGGAUUCCCAUGACAAAGACUGACAGAGAUAUGUCUUUAGGCGACGUGUAUGGCACGUUUAUGGCACACUGUCACAAGGGAACAUUUGUGUUAAUGCACAGUUAACAACAAUGAAGAAUAACAAUGGUCCAAGUAUUGAAUCUAACGGCACACCCGUUAAUUAUAUUUCCAGGUUAUUGAACUUAAUGCCCUCCUUUUGUAACACUGAUUUCUAUUAUUACCUAGAAAACCAUUUCCAAAGCCUUUGGGCAAACCCAAGUAUGUUCAGUUUCUCUAAGAGAAUGAGAUACCAACUAGACCAAAGGCCUUGGAAAAAUCAAUGAAUAUGAACCCUGUGACAGCCGUGGCAGGCCAUUCCCUGGUGCGUGGUUGUCUAAUACCGAAAGGAAUUCAGAUCAUAAAAGAAUCCCAUGCUUCUUGCAAAAUGAGUAUUAACGGCAUUCCAUCCCAGUUUAUUUGCUACUGUAUGUCCAGGGGCCAGUUUUUUGUCAUGUUUAAUCCAGAUCAAAAUGAUAAUGUGUUGAGUGAAGUCCUGUUCAUCAAUUGGAAACUUUAUGACUGUCUUUCUUCUGGACAUUUUGUUUGUGCCAUUUGGAUUGAACUGGAGGCCAAUAGGCCUCCUGUAGACAGGCCCAGACAUCAGAGUCUAGACACAGCCCUCAAACUACCCAGAGACAACCCAAAAAGAGCCAGACACCACAUCCAUAUCAGUCAGAUAGUCUCAGAUGACUACAAUAUGACAAAUGGCCCAGACAGCGCAUCAGUAGGCCCAAACAAGAUGUCCCAAACAAGAUGUAAACAUACCAGAUGUACAUCGUGGUCCUCUGUAGCUCAGCUGGUAGAGCACGGCGCUUGUAACGCCAGGGUAGUGGGUUCGAUCCCCGCGACCACCCAUACAUAAAAAUGUAUGCACAGAUGACUGUAAGUCGCUUUGGAUAAAAGCGUCUGCUAAAUGGCAUAUUAUUAUUAUCAUGAAAUGUCCUUAGAACCUCACAGGCCAUGGUCUGUUUCACACAUAUAUUCUGGCACACAGCUGCACUGUUCAUGUGGGAAUUAUUUUGAGAAAACAAAUCAUGUUGUCUAAUGAAUUUUAAGACUUGCACUAUUUGACACCUCAGCUCAUGGAUGGACCUAUGAACGUCACGGUGUAUUCCGGCCAUUUGAGUGUUAGUCUCUCCUGAGACACCUGUAUGAACUCCCCACAGUGGUUUUAUGCAUGUAACUGGUUACUGUUUUUUUUAAUACCUUUUAUAGAAGACAUCAAAGUGUGUGUUAUACUGAAAAGCUACACUGGAUGGAUGAUCGGAAAAUAAGGAGACCCCUUGCGUUUAAUCAUAUUAUGUUACAUUUAACUGUGAAAGUGAAACUGUUAAGUGAGUUUCUGAUACAGGUGCUGUCAGACUCAUGAGGUGCAAUCAACAGUCAGGUUUUGUCAUGAGACAGUUUGGAUUGAACUAUACACUGAGUGUACAAAAAAACAUUAGGAACACCUUCCUAAUAUUGAGUUGCACCCCCUUUUGCCCUUAGAACAGCCUCAAUUCAUUGGGGCAUGGACUCUACAAGGUGUCGAAAGCGUUCCACAGGGAUGCUGGCCCAUGUUGGCUCCAAUGCUUCCCACAGUUGUGUCAAGUUGGCUAGAUGUCCUUUGGGUGGUGGACCAUUCUUGAUACACUUGGGAAACUGUUAAGCAUGAAAAAACCCAGCAGCGUUGCAGUUCUUGACACUCAAACCGGUGCGCCUGGCACCUACUACCAUAACUCGUACAAAGGCACUUAAAUAAUAAAUAUUUUCUUGCCCAUUCACCCUCUGAAUGGCACACAUACAAAAUCCAUGUCUCAAUUGUCUCAAGGCAUAAAAAUACUUCUUUAACCUAUCUCCUCCCCUUCAUCUACACCGAUUGGCGUGGAUUUAACAAGUGACAUCAAUAAGGGAUCACCUGGUCAGUCUAUGUCAUGGAAAGAGCAGGUUUUCCUAAUAUUACGUACAUUGUGUACAUCCUCUUCUACUCUAGCAAAUUCACGCACGCACGUCUCUUGAAUAGGCCAGGAAGGAUUUUGUUUUUGAAUGACCAUUUCUUUUGUGUUGACUUAUCAAACAGAAGUCAAAACCAAACCAAACUAUAUAAGAACAUUGUUGUAAUAGAACCCACUGUAUGAAACAUUUUGGUAACAGUAUAUUUUUAUUAGGAACAUUGAGAUAAUGUAUUUCAUGGCCAAUUUUUUAAAAUCUGAAUUGAAGUAAUUAGUUAUUUCAAUAAUGAGGAAUAUACAUUAUCAUCUUUUUGUGUAAAGAACUUGGUUGCAGUGCACUAUUGUGUUCUCACCACAAGUGGUUGCGAAAAUCUAACUGGGGGCACAGUAAUAAAAACAAUACUAGAACAUUUUCAUUUUAAUUCAAUGUUCUCAAAAACUGGCCCACGGUUAGAAUCCAUUUCAAGAACACUACGUUCCAAUUCCCUUAAAUGACUCAUAAUACCAUUACUCGUAGAUGCAAUUAUACAAUUAAGCAUCCCAACCACCUUUUUGUGUUAAUUGUACAUUUUAAUUUCCCACUUUACAAGAACUCUUUCUAGUUUGUUGCAGCAAACCGCUAUUGCCAAUUUCCACAUCUGUGACAUCAAACCGCAGCUUUCAGAACAUCGCCAAUUGACAUUGUUCAAAGGUAGACAUGCUCCUUUCCAUGAAGACAGUGAUAAUGCAGUCUGUCUAAUGUAAAUCUUGUGGUUUUAUCACCACUAGAAAGGUUGAAUUUCUCUGUGGGCACAUGCAUACUUCUUGUAUCUCAUCUCUGGCCUAGUGGCCUUCAGGGGCUUUCAGUAGACUUGUAUGACUUCGUAGGUUAAUCAUUCCCAUGUCCCUGCUUGCUUUGUCAUACUCCUUCCAUAACUUCAGUAAUGUGCAUCGCCCUUUGAGUGGUUGUGUGACCCUUAGAUUGUUUACCCCAAAGGGCAGAUAGAAAUGUGUGUGCCAGAGGUAAAGCACAGAUAAUCCUUCACCAGCUGGGCACACCCUCCUGCAGAUAUUAACCCGUCAGUUGAGACUACAGACAUAUACACUUCACUGCAGGUAGCCAAGUGGUUAAGAGCAUUGGGCCAAUAACCGAAAGGUUGCUGGUUCAAAUCCCCAUGCCGGAAAGGUAGAAAAAUCUGCCAUUCUGCCCUUGAGCAAGGCAGUUAACCCCCAAUAACUGUUCCCCAUGCGCCGAUGUCAUGGACUUCAAUUAAGGCAGCCCCCCUGCACAUUUAGUGCAAUUGACUAGGUAUCCCCUUUCACUUCCCAUUAGAAAUGUACUGUGCUAGUACAUUAUAUCACCAGCUGUGCUAAUGAUGUGUUGUUCACUGACAGUGUAGAAGUAAUCUUGGUUAACCCAGAUCUAAAGUCUCACGUAAUUGGUCAGCUGAUUGAUUAAGUUCUGGGUCCAUACACGUUAAAAGAAGGGAUUAAUGAAAUGCUAUAACGAGGAGCGGAACUGGAAGGAGGUGCUCCACCCCCUCUCUUUGCAAGUAACGGGCCGAAUGUCCCAUCUCCUUCUGAAAUUCGAAAGAUUAUAACGCCUGCGAAAACAUGAUUUGUCCAAAUAACCAGUGACGAAAAACCCAAACAUAAAACAUUUAUACAAAACUACUGCUGCUCAUAUCCUACGCAUCCCAUUCAGUCCCGACAGAUUCUCUCAGUUUACAUGCAUAGUCUUUCCACAUGAGAUUAAGGUAGAACCUCUGUUUAGGAACAUGAAUGGACACACAUUUCACCAUUCAUUCACUCACAGAAGUCAGACACUUGUUAGAAAAAGAAAACAUAUUUAAUGUUACAAGUAUAAAAAGAACAGAAAAUCAGACCAUUUAUAUACCUGAAGUCCUACAUAUUUACAAUCAACAUGAUUUGUCACACACAUCAUAGAAAAUCCUCCUAGAACUGGGUGUGCCGACACCUGCUGGUUUUAAAUGGGAUCUCACUUCGCCUGUGCCAUCCAUCAGUUACCCACUCAGAGCUUUUCUCUCUCAAUCAAUCGUCAAUGGUGGGCAGCCAGAAUGCCUGUAGAGGACAAAACAGACUUACUGAGCAUUCGUGUACUGUAUGUGAGAUUGGUGUGCAUGUGUGUGUUCAACCCAAGUAAUCUUACCAUGUUUGAACAAGCACUUGCAAAAGUCAUGAAUUUGGGGUUGAACUGAAGGCAGGUGACAGGGCCCGUGUGCUUCCCAUCCAGAACCUGCCACCUUCAUCCCACUCUCUGCAUUCCACACAUGGACCUUCCCAUCCUCAGAGCCUGAGAGACAACCACCCGUCAGACCAUGGAAAAACGAGAGGGAGCUGAACUAGACUGUUUUUUGGGAAAUGUUUCUAGGUUAGGUUUAAUUUGCAUAUUCAAGUAAUUACUACCAAACAAUUAUGUGGUAGAAAGGGAAGACAAUUGGAACUGUACAGUCUUCCUUUACAAAACGUAGAGCCUGUUACCUCACCUACCCAGUCUGUGUGGACUUACCGAUCAUAAUGAACUGAGAAUCAGGAGUGAAGGAGGCCUCCAGCGUCACAGCUUUGCUGUUGUUGUAGCCCUGCAGGACAGAGGAGAGCGUCUAUAAAUAUAGGUCUAUCAUCUCUCUUGUACUGCAUGACAAUAUCCAUUUACUAAUAAACAUUUACUUCUCGUACAACUUGCGGUUGGUCUGAAAUCUAUAUCAAGAGUAUCCAACAGUGUCUGUCAUGGUUUUAAGUGUCUAUAAAUGCGUAUGAUCUCGCACCCCAAAGGAAUGCAUCACAGCGCCCUUGAAGGCGUCGAGGAGGCGGAGAGCACCCCCAUUGGUUGAGACAAGGAUGAGCUUCCCAUCGUUGCUGAACUUCAGUCCUGUCCACUCACACGUACGGUCGUACUGUAGCUUGAAGGUAGCAAAAGGACCCUAUUGAGAAGGCAACAAAAAAAGUUACUCUCUGUAGACAACCACCUACCACUGGCCCCCAUCCAAAGCUCUAAAUACAAAUGACCAACACAAAUACACAGAACUACAAAACAGAGAAUACACCACCAUCUGUACCACAUCAUACAUCCUUUCCUAAAAACGCCAAAUAGUCAUAGCCCUGAAAUGACUUACCUUGUCAAAGGACCGCAGGUCGUACAGUUUGACCAUCUCCGAGUUCACGCCAGCAGCAAAGAUCAGACCCUCAGGAUCAAAUGAGCAAACUGGCUUCCCCUGUAGAUGCAUCAGGCCCUGGUAGUGUGAUGGAGAGAAAGAGACUGAGAGGAAAGGCACAUUUUAUCCAGCGCAAUUAGAGUCUAUCUAGAGUAAAUUGAUCUGCAAUGUCAAGGAGAAUUAGAGAAGAGAACCAACCUGGCAGUUCGGAGACCGCAGAUCCCAUAGCCGGAUUGUCUUGUCCAAAGAUCCUGAGAUAAACGUGUCGUCCACAGGGGACAUGGAGAGAGACGUCACUCUGAAACAACAUUCAACUUAAAGGUAUAGAAACAUCUACCAUGAUGAUAGAAACAUCUGAUAUUUAUUUAUAAAAAAUUAAAUGAUACAAACAAUAGUUAAGUAAUAGUACAGUAAUGUAGCCUAAACUAUCCCAUUGGGUCUCUCUGCUUCAGUCCUCACCUUUUGUUGUGUCCAGGAAAGUACCGGAUGUACUUGUUGUCAUGGAGGGAGAGGUACCGAAUAGUGUCUACAAUGAUCAUAAAGGCAUGGGGUUAUGGGCAGAAGACAAGACAGCAUGGCAUUUCAAUUCAUCACCACACCACUAAAGAGCAAGUAGAGCUACCGAUCCAGGAGGCGAUGGACACUGGGCAGGUCGGGUUGGAUGAGUGGGCUCCACCCUAGGCAAGGCAGUGGCUUGUACAGUUAGCUCCUGUAUUGGGCAGAAUCACAGACCCUCAAACUGUACAAACAACUACCUCAGACCAGAGUGAGCAUGGUCGACCGCCUCAGGCUGAGGUCAACACGGUCAGGCUGUCGGGAAAUCCAUGAGAACAAUCUUCUGCAUGAAUACAAUAAGUAACUCCUAAAAGAUGCAAGGCAAGAAUUACAUGGACAACUGCUUAUUUAAAGAGCCUGAUUACAAAUCUCCUCUUCGCACUAACAUACCAUCAAUUUUGUUGGAGCUGUAGACCACAGUGUUGGCUGCAUGUGUGUACCUGAUCAGAUCCACUCCAUACUUCUUACUGUAGAGGGUCCGCUUAGGUCUGGACCAGCACAAGAUGGAGAGAAAGAAAAUAACCACAGAUUGCUGGCACAGAAACUUCUAGCCAAGCCAAUGUACAUAUUCAAAUACCCAUAACAUAAAGGGAUGAAAAAGGGAAGGGAACGGGGAUACCUAGUCAGUUGCACAAUUGAACGCAUUCAACCGAAAUGUGUCUUCCGCAUUUAACCUACCCCCUCUAAAUCUUACAUAAUCAUGAUAAACGGGGUUACAACUGCUACAAAUAUCUAGACUAACACAUACAUGCUUUUUAGUUUUGGUUUACGUCGACUACGAACAAAAUAAUACACCUAACACGCUUGAGUGAAAAUUAGAUUAAAUACAAGUGACAGUUUUGUUACCGAUCUACCAAGCCAGACAUCCUCUCAAACUCUGCUAGUGUCUGAACUCGAGCCCGAGGAUUGUGCAUUACGCAGCAGGCCUCACUAUACCUAGCGGAACAGAUGCUAACUACAGCACAGGGGUCGGCCUACCGUAAUAACAUGCAGUGCGGCACAAACAGUCGAUUUAAAUAAAUUUAAUGUAUGUCUUACUUUCCCUCCUGACAGUCGUAUAAAACUAGGGAGUCAUCGUCGCUGCUAGAAAUGAUGGUUUCGCCGUUUGAGCUGAAAUCAAAACAGUUGAUUUUGUCAGAAUUUUCCCGGAAAACCUUUGCAACCCUGAAGCUCCGCAGCACAUUGUCCGUCAGCUUCAUGAUGGCCUCAUUGAUUGAGGGGGCGCAGACCCUCGUUUUCUACUGAAUGUAAUAUUUGAGAAUCUAUUUCAGUGCUUUUUAAAAUACGAUCGUUCCUAUUAUGUAAAUAGAAUUUUGCGUUUCAAAAAUUGUAAAGAAAGCCCGCCUGGGAUACUCGUUAUCCGAGUCAUGGAAAAGCACCGCCCUCGAAACGUCGGCUACGCGCAAAUUCCACAAACACGCGCAUCAAUAACUCUCGCGAUACAUAUAACAACAACUAUCGCGGUAGUCAGUUCAUGUUUUGCGCACAACCAAUCGCUCAUCUGGACAAGAAAACUACACAGAAUAAACCAAGAAGACACAAUUGUAACUUAUUUUUAUACAAACAAAAAGCGAGCAGAGAAAUCUUUUUAAAUUCACAUAUUGACAAUAAUUGUAACUAACUUAUUUACAUUUUUACAUUUUAAUCAUUUAGCAGACGCUUUUAUCCAGAGCGACUUACAGUUAGUGAGUGCAUACAUUUUUCAUACUGGCCCCCCGUGGGAAUCGAACCCACAACCCUGGCGUUGCAAGCGACAUGCUCUACCAACUGAGCUACACGGGACUUAUCCGACAUACAAUAACCCGUGCGCUGCCUGUCAAAUCAAUAAUGUGGUCCUCUGUAGCUCAGCUGGUAGAGCACGGCGCUUGUAACGCCAAGGUAGUGGGUUCGAUCCCCGGGACCACCCAUACACAAAAAUGUAUGCACGCAUGACUGUAAGUUGCUUUGGAUAAAAGCGUCUGCUAAAUGGCUUAUUAUUAUAAAUAAAGUAACAAUGCAGGUGAGUUUGCAGUCGUUGCUUUCGAAAAAUUCCAGACCCUUCUUUUUCGCAGCUUUUGAAACCUUCUCUCGCUAAUACUGAGUAGGGCUCUGUAAAUCGACCUCUACCCCAGGGCAAAAUCCACCUAUCCAAUCAGAGGGCAGGGUGGAGUGAUUACCAUAAUAUCUAUCCAAUCAUUUUCAGAUCUACUUGAAACGUGUAGGGCCAUCAGGGGACAGGGGUUAAUAGGCAACCUUGUUACAUAGAAAAAUUAGGUUUUUUUUUGUGGUACUAGUGGUCAAACACUCAGAAAGAGAGACCUAUACUUUCCACCACAUAACAUCACCAGCUUACAGGUAACAGCCUACACCAGGACGGGAUGAGAGUAUGGAUAAUGAGUGUGCUGGCCCCAUCUCAAUAGUGCACUAUAUGAGAUGGAAGGGAGUUCCAUGCACUCAUAACUCUGUAUAAUAUGAUAGUUACCGGAGUGUAACUCCAGUUCUAUAUCGUGGAGCUCCGUCCCAUAGGGGAGCUCUACGCCUAUUGGUUUACCCCGCUGCCUAUGCAGCGAACAGCCUGAGACAAAAUUAUGCACACACCUGCAGCCAAUCGGAGUACAGGUGUCCCUAUAAGAGGGGACGCUUCCCCUCAAUCAGCCUCCCUUUAUUUUCAGCGACUGGACUAGACUGAUGAAGCCAAGAAGAGACGAAGACUCAGGACGAAGAUAUUGCUGUCGAUUUCCAGUUCUCGACGUCGUCCUAAAAUGAGCACACCAGGAGAUUUUCCACCCCCAAAAGCUAUUUUCAGAGCUCAAUGUCGCUGUUCCUCUAUGGCGGCUGCUGACCCCCAUGACUUAUGUUUUGUGUGUCUAGGGUCACAGCACGCCAGGGACGGCCUCAUAGAUCCCCCACUAUGCGCCAGCUGCGCCCUCCUUUCAUUGAAAGAGAGGAAGCAGCGUUGGGCAUUUUUUAGGGAAGAUAUUCCUCUUGAGGAUGUGCUAUCAGUGUUAGCUCAGCUUCUGAGGCAUCAUCUGAGGGCGCUGACUCAGGAGAUGACAGGGAUAUUGGGGAAGAGAUGGAUAUUCCAGCGGAACAAUCCAUCCCUCUGACCCAUGAUUUUAAGACCCCAUUUCCAUUGGAAAGGGUGAGGUCUUUUUCAUCCCUGGGCGAUGAUGAUGCGGGCUCUGAGAAUUCAGCAGCCACAUCAAACGCCACAGCCUCUCUGCGCUCUGACUUUCCAGGGCUCAUCGAGAGGGCUGCCGAGCGCCUGCAGAUUAAGCUUCCCCCCAUUCCCUCCAACCCGGAAGUGGAUAUGAUGGAGGGCGGUCCUUAUUCCAGGCCCAGGAGGGCGGCAGAGCCUCUGGCACCGACCAUGCCCUCACUUGGUAAGUAUGUCGAGGGCUCAUGGGAGGUACCUUAAGCAGUGCGUUCGCCGGCUAAGGCGUACCUUCCAUUCACCAGAGUGGAAGGCAGACAGCAGGGCUUUUCAAGGGGAAUCCCCAGGCUCGAGAGCGCCCUGGCUGCGUAUCUCGUGCCGGGUUCGAGUCCCUGGCCCUCGUCCAAGAAAGCCAUUCUACCCACACAGAAGGACAGAAUCACAGCACAGCUGGUUGAGAAGUCCUUCAUGUUAGGAGCCCAGGCCUUAGCAGCGGCAAAUAAUAUUGCCCUCCUAGCAGCCUCUCUGUCCCGCCUAACAACAGGUAAGUCUGAGCUCACUGGGGAGGAAGUGGAAGAGGCGUCCAGGAUUUCUGGCGCUAUUCUCCACUUAACGCAAGCAUCAGCUGUGUGUGCAGGGAGGUCCAUGGCCACUUCGGUGUCUAUGACAGCCAUGAAAGAGACAGACAGAGCCGCGUUACUGAACGCCCCCAUCUCUGACGACGGCCUGUUUGGGGUCGCCGUCAAGGAUGCGACGGAGCGUUUUAUGAGGCUUGACGAGGAGAGGAAGCAGCUGGCCAGACACCUGCCACUGGCAGGAAGACUCGGCCCUGCGCCGAAACGACCGUCAAGCUCCACCGCCUCAAGUAGACAGGGGUCUACAGCGAGGCGUCGUGCCCGGCGCCAUGCAGCGACUUCCGGCAGCAGAGAAGCAGGCCCCGCCCCUCCUGCGGAGCCAGAGGUCCCAACUGUGCCGUUGACAAGAGAGGUCGUCAGAGCGUCUUCUUGGAAGCACCCGAGGGGUGGCCAGAAGAGACGGCGCCAAUGACGUGGCGAGAAUGGGAGACGGCGCAGUGGCUGGUCCGACUGUGCCCACUAUUCCCCCCCACCCUUCUGUUGAGGGUAUGGAGGGAACUGUUGUUGUUGAUGUUUUGAAUAAAGAGUUGGCUCCAAUUGACUUUGUCACAAGAGAGCCCCUUUUCCAUGAUACAUCCGAGAACGUUCAGACUCCUUCACUCUCUCUCUCCCUCUCUCACCACUCUGAGUGUAGCUCAGCCCACCAAGGGUGCGUAGCUGAGCACACACGAGGCGAGUGUGAUAAAGGUAACAAGGCGCCGCCUUAGUUUACCUCAUAAGGACCUCACACUAUAGACUGCUAGGAGUGCUGUAGUGAAGGUCUCUCAUAGCAGAAUGCAGUCACAACCAGGUAAUGGAAUGAUGACGCAAUCGCUAUGCAGGGAUGGCGCUCUGUCCCAGGCUAGCACCUCGGCCAGUGCAGUUCAGACCCGUGCUGCGUUCACGGAGGGCCGGAAUACUACGGUUUGGAGUGUAACCAACGUCUCGGCGCCCCCGUUUCUCUCAGAACGCGCUGAUAGUUCCUCUCCCUUUCUUGGGAGGCCCGCCUUGGGCCAUUCCACCACUUCAGUGUAGAGGAAUACAGGUCCUUCCUACUGAAAGUACCACAGCUUCGCGCUCUUCCGCUUUCUCUGCAUUGCUGGGAGUGGCGGCGAAGCUGUACUCUCUCCCACUGGCUAGACCAGGUGCUGGAGAAGGGUUAUGCCAUCCAAUUUCAUUGGACCCCCCCCCCGUUCAGGGGGGUGGUGGAGACGGUGAUGAAAACGCCAGAAAAAGUGGCCGCUCUGGUUUCAGAGAUUACGGAACUUUUGGCGAAGGAGGCGGUCACAGUAGUUCCCCGGGAGCAAAGGAACAAAGGGCUAUAUUCGCCCUAUUUCCUAGUGCCCAAAAAGACGGGGGGAAUGAGGCCGAUAUUGGAUUUACGCAUUCUCAACGAGAGCGUAGCCCCAAACGGCCCUUCCGAAUGCUAACAACAAAACGUCUACUGGAAUGUGUCCAGAAGGGAGACUUUUGUACAAGCAUAGACCUAAAGGACGCGUACUUUCAUGUGCCGGUGCAGCCGCGUCACAGAAAGUUUCUGCGAUUCGCCUUUCAAGGGGUGGCUUACGAGUUCACAAGGAUGCCAUUCGGGUACGCCCUGGCACCUCGCACGUUUUCCAAGUGGGUGGAGGCGGCACUGGAACCGUCGCGUCGUCAGGGAAUAAGGCUACUAGCCUACCUAGACGACCUACUGGUUCUCGCCCCGUCAGCAGAGUUGGCGUUCACUCACACAACACAGACAGUGAUUCAUCUCACGCAUCUGGGGUUCGCUGUGAAUUGGAAAAAGAGCGCACCCUGGCCCAGUCAUCAGAUUGUCUACCUGGGGAUACAGCUAGAUACUGUAAUGAUGAGGGCUUGAAUUUCGGACCCUCAAAGGGCAGCCCUGUUGCUAGCCCUGAGAAGGUUUCGUCCGAAUCACACGGUAAUGGCGCUGUCAGUCAUGUCACUCUUGGGUCUCAUGUCGUCAGUCCAUUUCGUGGUCCCGGCGGGACUCCUGCGCAUGCGCAGGAUGCCGCGAUGGUUCGCUCCAACUAAGACUAGACCCAGUGCGUCAACGUCGUCGGUUGGUGGUGGUUCCUCUCUCGCUCAGUGCAGAUCUGAACUAUUGGAGAGACCUGCGCGUUCUCACACACGGAGUCCCAAUAGGCAAAGUGUCCUCCAACAUUCCAGUGUUUACAGAUGCCUCUCUGACUGGAUGGGGAGGGACAUGUCAGACCCAAGCGAUAGGUGUGUGGCCUCUUUCGAGUCGCCACAUCAACCUCUUGGAGUUGGAAACGGUUUGACUGGUUCUGACCCACUUCGUGUCUACCCUUUGGGGUCGCGAUGUGUUGGUCUGGUCAGACAACCGGACCACAGUAGCCUACAUAAAUUGCCAGGGAGGAGUCAGGUCUCCUGCACUCCACCGGUUGGCGGAGGAAUUUUGGCUGUGGGCUCACGAGCACCUUCGCUCGUUGAGAGCAGCACACAUUCCGGGCUACUUGAACGUGGGAGCAGACCUCAUGUCUCGAGGGGGUCCUCGAGAAGACGAGUGGCGUCUGCACCCGGACAUUGUUCUCCAAAUUUGGGAACAGUUCGGGAGAGCCGAGGUGGACUUAUUCGCGUCACGUGUGAACGCGCAUUAUCCUCUAUGGUUCUCUCUGAGGGAACAGGACGAACCGCCACUGGGGAGGGACGCGUUUGCGCACCGACCGUGGCAGAGAGUUCUCCUGUAUGCAUUCCCACUGUUAUCCUGCAUUCUCCCACUGUUAGCCAGGGUGAGAUCAGGCGGGCUGUCAAUAAUAUUGGUGGCCCCCGAUCGCCCGGGGGCUCCAUGGUUCACAGAGAUGAGUCAGAUGUUGAUUGCGCCACCUUGGCCAAUUCCACAUCGACGGGACGCGUUGUCUCAGGCGGGAGGCUCGAUAGGGCGAUUGCCCAGAAUCGGCCAACCACUGAAGGCUUGGCUCCUGAGAGGGACAGGCUAGAGCGCCGUGGGUUAUCUGAUUCAGUAAUCAGGACCAUACAGGGUUCACGUGCUGGUUCCACUUCCAGCGUGUAUGCCAGUAAAUGGAACGUGUUUUCACAGUGGUGUGUCACAGAGAAUGUAGACCCCAUGAACUGUUGGGUUGAGAGUGUACUCUCGUUCCUGCAGUUUGUUUGAUAAGCAGCGAUCGCCCGACAACAUUAAGGUGUUUGCAGCGACGAUUUCAGCUUGUCACGAGGGGUUUGGCAGAGACACUGUCUUCAGCCACCCUCUAGUGAAACAUUUCUUAUUGGGAUUAGUGGGAUUUGGCUUUGGUACUCGAAGUGCUCUGUGAGUCGCUGUUCGAGCCAUUGUAUCAAAUACCCCUCAAGAUGCUGUCUAUGAAGACGGCACUGUUGCUCGCUUUGACUACUGCUAAGCGUAUCAGUGAUUUGUGUGCUCUUUCGACGAGACCCGACUGCCUUGCCAUUAAUGGCGAUUUGAGCAGAGUGGUGUUACGUCCUAACCUGGCAUUUAUGCAGAAGGUUAUGAAGAGUUCAUAUAGGUCACAGACCGUGGAGCUGUGGGCUUUUUCUCCCCCUCCCCAUGGGGAGAGGAGAGAGGAAAGGCUCCAUCGCCUGUGCCCAGUGCGCGCUUUGGCGUGUUACGUUGAGCGCACAGCAGCGAUUAGGUCAUUGCCUCAGCUGUUUGUGUGUCACUGUGCGGCUGCACUAGGUAGACCACUUUCGAAACAGCAUCUAUCUCAUUGGCUUUGCGAAGGCAUUGAGACAGCUUAUGAGGCAGCGGGGCGACAAUUGCCUCAGGGUAUAAGAGCCCAUUCCACUCGUGGAGUAGCGGCUUCUACUGCCCUUUUCAAAGGAACAGGGGUAGAGAAUAUCUGUGCAGCAGCGUCGUGGUCGUCACCGUCUCCAUUUAUCCGUUUCUAUCUCUUGGAUAUGUCUUCUAACUCUUUGGCUCAGUCUGUACUCAGCGUUGCUGAGGGGAGGACUUGAGCUAAGAGAGAGGAAUGCAGGACCGAUGAGACAGGUCUCUUUCAGGUCCGCUUCUGAUAGAAAGACAUAUUUUAGCAUGACUCCUGACUGACAUGUUCAGUACAGUAGAAGGCAUGUAUUGAUCUGCCCACCAGUGAAUAACUGGGUUGAGGCGGAAUGAUGAGGGAUAAUAGUAGUAACCUUGGUUACGGUACUGUUAGACCGGUCAUGACAAUUUUGACGGAAUGUGACGUCAUCUAUCUGCUUGUUCAGAUUAGUAUGAAUCAUGUUCUGGGAUCUGCCCACUAAUCUUUGGGGUUCCAUUGAUUGAGUGGGGCGGGCCUACCGUGUACACAAUGUAGAGUGACACUUUGUGUCAUUCCAUUAGUGGUCGGUAUUGUUGUAAGAGGAUAUUGAGGUACCAUCUAUCUGCUAGUACAGAUUAGUAUGGCCCGUAUUCUAGUGAUCUGCCCACCAGACAUUGGUGAUGCCAUUGGACUAGGUGGGGCAGAUUUGAACCGAUGACGCAGUAUAUUGUGACACAGUGUGUUACAGUACUGCGGGACUUGGUCGCAGCCAUUGCUAGGCCCGACCUUUUCAUUUCGAUGGGAAGUGUUGGGCUCGGCAGGGAGUACAUUUUGGAGCGUUGCGCUCCGCCUUAAACCAAUAGGAGCAGAGCUCCCCUAUGGGGCGGAGCUCCACAAUAUAGAAUAAUAGUUACCGGAGUGUAACUCCAGUUCUAUGAGUGGAGUGGAGCCCCAUAGGAUUUAAGGCCCUGCCGACCCUCUCUAGUCUCACUGAAGAUAAUAUCUCGGGAGGCUGAUUGAGGGGAAGCGUCCCCUCUUAUAGGGACACCUGUACUCCUAUUGGCUGCAGGUGUGUACAUAAUGUUGUCUCAGGCUGUUCGCUGCAUAGGCAGCAGGGUAAACCAAUAGGAGCAGAGCUCCCCUAUGGGGCUCCGCUCCACUCAUAGAACUGUAUGUUUCCUUGAAUUUGUUCUGGACCUGGGCAUCACAUUGGUUCCUUCAUGAACACCACCCCCUCGAGAAUCCCAUUGGUUCCUGCAUGAACAUGAAUAUGUGGUUAUCUGGUUAUCUGAUGUGUUGUGUGGGCAUCUCAAGGCAAGGGACAGAAGGUCAACUAGUAGGCCCCUUUGUCUCUAUCUGGAAUCUCUUGGGUGUCUUUUUUGGUGUGCACAUACAAAUCUGAGAAAUGACCAGUAAAAUCAGAACAGCAGAAACAUCAAAGUGGGUGGUCAUAAUUAACAGUACAUCCUGUGAUCCAUAAACAUCGUUUUGGCUUUGUUCUCCUGUCCCCCAGAGGCAGAGAGGAUUGUGGGAUACCACUUGGUGAGAGGAGUGAUCAGUGUGCCACAUGGAAUAAAGGAGACACUACGGCAGCAUUGGAAAGAGUAAGCAACUCAAACUAGAACCAGUGUUUGUGGGUGGGAUGGGUUGGUUGGUUGGUAAAUUAAUUGCUCCCCUCUUCUCUGUUUUAAUUUCUCCUCAGCCAGAUGUUGUUGAAGGAUGGAAGUUGUAUCACAGUGAUGGAAGGAGCUAAACACAACCUGCCAGCUGCUGAUGCCCAGGGGGAAGCCGAAUGUAUUAAGAAGCUGGCCAGCACACUGACUUAGAAAGACCUGUUGCUUGUACUCAUUUCAAGUAAAUUGAUACCCAACUACUACUACUACAUAAUGUAAUUGUCUAACAAACUAUAUAGUUAUUACUUAAUCUGAAUCACCGAAGCUACAGGGUGUCCAUAAAUAUCAGUGCAGUCAAAAACUAGAUUUUCCUGUGUUUCCUGUGCUACGAGGUUGGAAUAAUACUGUGAAAUUGUGAAAAUGAUCAUAAUGCCCUUUUAGUGUAAGAGCUGUUUGAAAAGACUGCCUUAAAUGUCUGCCUGUUUUGACCUUCUAUGGUGACAUCACCAUGCGCUAAAUUAGUUAAUAGACCAACUCAAACCACUCCGUCAGUCCUAGCUAAAUUCUUGCUUGAAGAAUUGGUCUUUGCUAAAAGGUUUUUUAUUUUUAUUUAAAACAAUCACAGUAAGGUCCUUAACUGUUAUCCAGAAAUGAUUUGAUAGAGAUAAAAUCAGCUGCAUUGGACAUUUAACAUAUACAUAUUGUGUUUGUAGGAGGGUCUGCAGUCUUGCCUGCACCAGUCCCACCAAUCUCUCUUCAAGAAAAACAGGAUGUUACACGCAGACUGGCUGGUGCUGGCGCCACCAUUCAGGAGCUUAACUACGCCGUGCCCUGUCGCUAUUUAAGGGAGGUGGACUUGCACACUGCGCUCACCCUGCUCAGAUAAGACCGCAACUACUAGCUCAUUAUAGAGCUUUCACCCAAAGACCUAAACUUCUUGCACAUUCACUUUAUAUUGUGGUCAUAUUUGGUCAAAUACAAUUUUCCUGUUAACAUUUUCUAACAGGUGGUGGCCCUGGUUCAGUCUGAUGUAAUCGGAGAUCCCUUGGACUUGAUAGCCAGUGGCCCCACAGUGUAGACUGAGGCGUGGCCUGAGGAGAUUUGGCCGGUGGCUGGACCGCUGUGGGCUGUCCGCAGCCUCUCUCCCCGCCUCAGUCAAGGAGGUCCUUGGACGCUCAGCUCCCCGGUGGGAGGAGGCUGGAGAGCAGUCAGACAGGGUGACACGUUCUCAAUGCUGUAAUUGGCUCCAAUAGCAUUGCUCUGGAAUGCGCAGGGCGACAUGCACGGGAGCUCGGAUUCCGUCCAGUUGUGCUGUCGCCAGGGGUGUGUGAGGACGUACAGUCUGUCUCUCGCCUUUUAUGGUCUACUGGCUCACUUUGCCUGCUCCUGUGACGAACCUCCUCCUGAGUUGCCUGCUGAGAUUCUGAAGCUGGGGCCCAAGACGGGACUUGUGCCGUGCCAUGCAGGUGCUUAGCGAGGGGCGUGGGGAGGGCUGAGGAGCCACCAGUCUGCUGGCUGGGGGAGAGCCCACUGUGCAGUUGGCAGGCAAGGGGCGUGGUGGGCAGAACCAGGAGCUGGCCCUGCGAGUGUGGCUGGAGCUGGGAGGCAUGGCACUCCCUCCGAAGGGUCCCCUGUUCCUGAGUGGUGGGACAGAUGGUCAGGACGGGCCAACUGAGGCAGCAGGGGCGGUCACAGACGCAGGGCUUGGAGAAGAAGCACGUGCACAGGGGCUGGACACUGAAGGCUUCCUCAUUAACAAUGAUUCCUUCACCUUCUUUUCACACCUGUCUGGUGGGCAGAGACUGCUCCUACCAGGGUUAACGGGGAACAAUGUGAUGGAUGUGCACAUCCUGCUCAUCCCACCAAUCCCCAUAGUCGUGUCUGGUCAUUGA